AAUGACGCAAGGACAGUAAUGACUCGAGACAAUGACGCAAGGAGAGUAAUGACUCGAGACAAUGAUGCAAGGAGAGUAAUGACUCGAGACAAUGAUGCAAGGAGAGUAAUGACUCGAGACAAUGAUGCAAGGAGAGCAAUGACUCGAGACAAUGAUUCAAGGAGAGUAAUGACUCGAGAAAAUAAAGCAAUGAGAAUAAUGACUCGAAACAAUGACGCCAGGAGAGUAAUAUUUCGAGACAACGAUGCCAGGAGAGUAAUGACUCGAGACAAUGAGUCAAGAAGAGAAAUGACUUUAGACAAUGACGCCCGGAGAGUAAUGACUCGAGACAAUGAGUCAAGAAGAGAAAUUAGUCAAGACAAUGACGUAAGGAGAGUGAGGACUCGAGACAAUGACGCCAGGAGGGUAAUGACUGGGGUUUAUGAAGCACCCGAUAAUCCAAAGCGAUCAACCAUGGUCCAUAACACUUUCCGAAUUAUUAGUUCAGACCAAGCAGGUCAGGAUGCUCGCCAUUUAACCUUUGACUUGGAAGGGAAGCUACCCCUUACGACUAAGCAAGAAUACGGUUAUCUCCCCGGCUCUAAAGUUUUAACCGACCAUUGUUUGGACAGUCUGGACAGACUUGACGUCUGCAAGACGCGUGGUGCCUUGAUUCAUUCAUUACCUAUCAUCGAUAACUCGGCCAAUAUCAGGAGAAAUCUAAAGUCUGCAGAGUAUGAAUGGUAAGAGCCUCUACCUUAAAUAACAUGUUACUUAUAUUGCCCACACAUGAGUAUGCGAAAGUCGUGGAAAUUUUCGAAACUUAGAACAGGCAUUGCCCCCCCUCCCCCCACCCCAACUCAACCAUCGUUUAUUACCCUAAAAGUAAGCAUUGCGUUUCAUGUCACAUGGUGUAUGUGUCAGAUAGAUAGAGAUCUUCUGUCACAUGGUGUAUGUGUCAGAUAGAUAGAGAUCUUGUGGCACAUGGUGUAUGUGUCAGAUAGAUAGAGAUCUUGUGGCACAUGGUGUAUGUGUCAGAUAGAUAGAGAUCUUGUGGCACAUUGUGUAUGUGUCAGAUAGAUAGAGAUCUUGUGGCACAUUGUGUAUGUGUCAGAUAGAUAGAGGUCUUGUGGCACAUGGUGUAUGUGUCAGAUAGAUCUCGUGUCAAAAAGGUGUGCUCAAAUGGCUUUAAUGACAUCAGACUGUGUCACACACAGUCUAUUGUUGAUAGACACGUCACUCAUUAUUCAUUAAGCCCAUGUAACGCACUUCAAACACAGAUUGGUUUUAAUUAGAUCUCUAGGGAGAAAUCAUUUAACGAUUCAAACCAGAAUAUUAUAGACCAGAAUGUGUCACUAAAAAAAUAUAAAAAAACACUUCAGACAUGAUCGGGAUUUUCUCAGUUGUAUAACAAAACAAAAUGUUUACCGAUAUAGUUCACGGCUGCCUUGUAUGUUGUGGCUCUAUAAGUGAAUGUUUACCAAGAAAUGGUUCGUUAGUUUCGUUAGUUUCGUUAGUUCCUGGUGCUAGUUUUAUUCAUCACAAACGAGCUGAUUAAUUUCAAUGCCAAUAUGGAUCAGUAAAGCACCGUACAUUAUCAAAAAGGGAGAGAAUUUUCUUCUCCCGAAUAGUUGCUAAAAUCGCGCUUUUCUCCCUUGAUUCAUAAUUUAUUUUGCUUCUCUUUUUUUUAAAAAAACGAUGCCAUCCUUCAAAGCUCUCAGCGGGGGUAGGGCAGCCUGGAACAGCUUAUUUGAGUCUAAGGGGAGGGCAGCCAGGAACAGCUUAUUUGAGUCUAAGGGAAGGGCAGCCAGGAACAGCUUAUUUGAGUCUAAGGGAAGGGCAGCUUGGAAUAGCUUACUUGGGUCUAAAGGAAAGGCAGCCUGAAGCAACUUACUGGGUCUAAAGGAAGGGCAGCCUGAAACAGCUUACUUGGGUCAAAGUGUAGGACAGCCAGGAACAUCUUACUUGGUUCUAAAGGAAGGGCAGCAUGUAACAGCUUGCUUGGGUCUAAAGGAAGGGCAGCCUGUAACAGCUUGCUUGGGUCUAAAGAAAGGGCAGCAUGGAACAGUUUACUUGGGUCUAAGGGAAGGGCAGCCUGUAGCAGCUUACUGAGUCUAAAGGAAGGGCAGCCUGAAACAACUUACUUGGGUAAAAGUGUAAAACAGCCAGGAACAUCUUACUUGGGUCUAAAGGAAGGGUAGCAUGGAACAGCUCACUUGGGUCUAACAAUUCUAGAAGCGCAAACUUAAAAAUUUUAAAUAAUAAAAGCAACGAGAUCUAAUAAAUAAAACAAUGUUCACAAGACAAAUGCUGUUUUAAGACAAAGGAGAUUGGCUCUGGGGACCCUCCAGCACCAUCAUUUCUUUAGACUGAGAUUGCGUAAUGAUAUCAUUAAGAAAUGUAUUCCAGUAUUAUAACAAUGAAAUGCUACGACCUUUAACACACGUACAUUGGCCUACAUAUACCCAUACACAUUUUUUGUUGCUUCCAGGGACAAGGACAUUAAGGCCAUUUUAAGGGCUGGAGUUAUCGGACUUGUUGGAUUGUCUGGUCUCUUCAUGACGUCAUCUCCUUUCUCGCACAAGAGGCCGGUGUUCUAACCAACAAUUUGCUCAAACACUGUUUUUGAAUUGUCUUCAAAAUAAUGGAUAAAGGAUAAAAAAUUUAAACACAAAAUAUAGGAACAUUAAAUCACUACUUAAAU